AUGGCAGAGCCACAAGCCGCAGAUCCUGCGGCACAUUUAGAUACCCACAAGCAAGCGGUGCUAUCGAUCCUGUCUCAUGCACUGCCUCCCAUGGCAUCUGAUGCCCAGCCGUACAUGGGCCAGGAAUGCAUUGGCCUGGGAGAUGCAUGGCGUGCCUUGUACGGCCUCGUGCGCAGCAGUGUGUAUGAACACGAAGGCAACAGUUGCCUUGUCGCAGGCGAGAGCGGGUGUGGUAAAAGUGUACUAGUAGAAUCUGUUCUGCGAUACGUGCAGCAUGAGUGCAUGAUGGAACGGGUGUUGGCGCCCUGGACGGUGCGACUCUCGGCUCUCGUGCACCCAACAGAUCGUUUGUGCUUGUCAGCUAUGGCACGACAACUCAUGGACCAGGAUGCACUGAGCCAGAACAACCAAGUGGAUGAUAUGCUUGGACCUGAGCAAGAGGAGGAAGAAGAUGACGAGGAUCGGCCAUUGAUAGAGUGGGCUCACGCAUCCGCCUCCGAGGACGAAGACGAUGCACCCAUGGAGGAGGUCACCCCUGCACCGACGACGACUGACCCUAAUGCUAUUUUAAGCACUCUUGCUGCUGCUCUGUCUCACAUUCUCUCUCUUUUGUCUACACAUACGCUCGGCAAGCGACCCCUCGUGCUGAUACUGGACCAAUUUGACCAGUUUGCGCAGCGGCCCCGACAAGCCCUCUUGUACUGUCUUUUAGAUGCCGUACAGAGCGGAAGUUAUGCACCGGGCCUCGUGGUGAUUGGUACAUCGACGCGUGUAGAUGCAACUGACUUUCUGGAGAAGCGCGUCAAGAGUCGCUUCUCACAUCGAAUCGUGCACGUUCAUCCCCCAUCGUUCGAUCAGUAUGUGAUUCUGGCACGCACAGCUUUGCUUGGAGGCAUGUCCAACACGUUACCACCUGAUGCUGCAUGGGAAAAGCAAGUCGAUGCUCUGUUGCAGGACCCGUCCUUUCGUGCUAGUCUCCGACGAUUGCACGACUUGUCAGGCGACGUGCGCUUACUGUACCAGGCACUUUGGCCGCCCAUAGCAGCCUUGUCCGCAUCAAGACCUCAUCUUGAGGCGUCUGCUUUUGUUGCGGCCGCACAGGCUCAGCGGCUGGAUCCCACCUUUGCCUUUCUCCAAGAACUGUCUAAUCCUGAAAUGGCUAUCUUGAUAUCUGCUCGGCAUUUGCAGCUCUGUGAGCGCGAACCAUUUACAUUUGAGAUGUGCUUUUAUCAUAUCUGCCAGUUUGUGAAGCGGGCACAUGCCAUUCUCGGUACUGGAGAUGAUCGCCGUGUGACUGUGUCUUUUGCAAGUUUAGACACACUCGCAUCACGCACAUCAAUGAUGCAGGCUUUCCAGCGUCUGCUGGAUCUGGAACUGCUUUUGCCAGAGCCUGCGCGAGUAUCACUGACCCUGCCUACAGGCAUCGCAAGCCGCACAGGUCCAGCCACAUCGCCAUACGGGACGCUCCCCACCCCAACCGUGAUACCCUCUGUGCUCCCUGUACGUGCACAGGUCUCCGCCAAGGCCAUCCUCGAAAGCGCACUCAGUCCGGAACGUGUGGAGCCAUUAAGCUCGGUCAUGAUCAAAUGGGCCGAGUCGACGGGAUUGUAG